AAGUUGGUAAGAAUAAGACAAGAAUGGUUACUGGCUCCAAAGCACUACUCUGUGUUGGCGUCCUAGAUAAUUCUCCAAAUUAGGUUUCUUUGUGUGUGUGUGUGAGUGUUACUGUUCCAUCCUCCAUUUCCUAAUUUCCACCCUUUCUUUCAAUCGGAGAUCUCUGUAAAUUCGAAGUUUUUCUCCUGUUAUCCCAAUUUUUGGAUUUUUUUCCGGAAUUUUCGAAGGCAGAAGGUGGAAAAAAAAGCAAUAGUAGUCUCUGAUGAUCUCGUAGCGAGUAUGCCAGGCAUCCCUCUCGUCACUCGUCAAACCUCUUCGUGUUCAAGAAGCUCAGAUCAGAUGUGCCAUGAAGACAACCCCCGUGUGCAUUUGUCUGAAGAGGAGAAAAUUGCUGCUGAAGAGAGCUUGGAAGCGUAUUGCAAGCCUGUUGAGUUCUACAAUAUUAUUCAGAGGCGUGCUAUUAAGAAACCUUUGUUUCUUCAGAGAUGUUUGAAUUAUAAGAUUGAAGCAAAACAUAAAAGCAGAAUACAAAUGAGUGUGUUCCUCUCGGGGACUACUGAUGCUGGCGUACAAACUCAAAAGCUGUUCCCCCUCUACAUUUUGCUGGCAAGACUCGUUUCUCCUAAGCCUGCUGCAGAGUAUUCUGCAGUAUAUAGGUUCAAUCGAGCAUGCAUUCUUACGAGUGUCCUGGGGGUUGACGGAGUUAGUCAAGCUCAAGCCAACUUUCUUCUCCCUGACUUGAGCAGGCUUGCAUUGGACGCAAAGUCAGGAUCGCUGGCUAUCUUAUUUAUCAGCUUUGCUGGUGCGCAAAACUCUCAAUUUGGCAUUGAUUCAAGCACUGUACACUCAGGAAAUAUAGGAGGACAUUGCCUAUGGAGCAAAAUACCUCUGCAAUCUCUCUAUGCGUCGUGGAAAAAUUCUGCAAACUUGGAAUUGGGACAGAAAGUAGACUCAGUCUCUCUUGUUGAAAUGCAGCCUUGCUUCAUUAAGCUAAAGUCUAUGGCUGAGGAAAAGUGUGUCUCGAUUCAAGUUCCCAGCAAUCCCCUCACCUCGAGCUCACCGCAGCAAGUGCAAGUCACCAUAUCUGCAGAAUUGGUUGGGGCAAUAGAAAAAUCUCCUUAUAGUUCAUUUUCUUAUAAUGGCAUCUCUUCCUCAUCACUGGUACACAUUAUCAGGUUGAGAAAAGGGAAUAUAGUUUUCAAUUACAAAUACUAUAACAACAAGCUGCAGAAGACUGAAGUAACUGAAGACUUUUGUUGUUCAAUCUGCUUAGUAAAAUGUGGCAGUUUCAAGGGCCUGAAAUAUCAUUUGCCAGCAACCCAUGAUCUCUUCAAUUUCGAGUUUUGGGUAAGUGAAGAAUAUCAGGCUGUUAAUGUGUCUCUUAAGAGUGAGACAAUGAUCGCUGAGAUUAAUGAGGGCGGCGUUGACCCAAAGCAGCAAACAUUGUAUUUCUCUUCAAAGAAAUACAGACGUAGGAAGCAAAAGAGUCAAGUACGGAGCUCAAGGCAGGGGCGUCAACUUGGACUAGGCUGCGAUGUGCUAGAUAAGACUGAUGAUGCUCAUCCUCUAAGAAUUGAGAAGAGCCGGAUACCACCUGGAAAUGGGGUUGGUGAGUCGUCUGGUCAAAGAGUUCCUCCUGGUACGGGUCAUGCAGAUGUGCAAUCAGGUGGUGGUGAUCCAGAUACUGUGCAGUCAGUAGCUGGAAGUACGAUGCUGCAAUUUGCAAAAACGAGGAAGCUAUCUAUAGAACGGUCGGACUUGAGGAACCGUAGCCUCCUUCAGAAGAGACAGUUCUUUCACUCUCACCGAUCUCAGCCAAUGGCUCUAGAACAAGUACUUUCUGACCGAGAUAGUGAAGAUGAAGUUGACGAUGAUGUGGCAGAUUUUGAAGAUAGAAGGAUGCUCGAUGACUUCAUUGAUGUGACCAAGGAUGAGAAGGAGAUGAUGCACAUGUGGAACUCGUUCGUGAGGAAGCAACAAGUAUUAGCAGAUGGUCACAUUCCAUGGGCAUGUGAGGCGUUCUCAAGAUUACAUGGACCAAUCAUGGUUCAAAGAUCCGAUUUGAUCUGGGACUGGAGAAUGUUUAUGGUGAAACUAUGGAACCACGGCCUUCUUGACGCCCGAACCAUGGACAAGUGUAAUGUCAUUCUUGAAGAGCUUCAAACUUAAAGAUCCAGAAACAACUGUUUAAAUAGAAGAGAAAUGCCAACCUAUAGAAAAAAGGAAAUGAGAGAGAAGAAGAAUUUUAGGUUUAACAUCAAAAAGAAAAUUCACAUUUCUAUUCAGGAGUUAUUACAUAAAAGAUUUGGUUGGUAAUAUUACAUUUGUCAGGAAGAUAUAGUAACUAUUCAGUAAAAUCUAUAAUAUAAAUGAGCCAUUUUACUCACUCCCAAGGUGACA